AUGCUUGGUCAUGCCAAUGCUCGAACAAUUCGACACUCGCUCAAGCACAAUUCGAUCACAUAUAUAARGGAAUCGGAUGUGGACUGGUCCAAUGCUACUACUUACCAAUGUCCCGAUUGUUUAAUUGGYAAGAGCACCAAACACAAACAUMUCAAAGGAUCACGUUUAAAGUACCAAGAAGCAUAUGAACCAUUCCAGUACUUACAUACUGAUAUAUUUGGCCCUAUCCACCAUUUACCAAAAAGUGCACCUUCCUAUUUCAUCUCAUUCACUGAUGAAGCGACCAAAUUUCAAUGGGUGUAUCCGCUACACGACCGUCGUGAAGAUUCCAUUCUCAGUGUSUUCACUACAAUACUGGCUUUCAUAAACAACCARUUCAAUGCCAAAGUUUUAGUUGUUCAGAUGGAUCGUGGUUCCGAAUACACUAACAAAACCCUUCACAAUUUCUUUAUGGAACGUGGUAUUACUCCAUGUUAUACAACCACAGCAGAUUCAAGAGCUCAUGGUGUAGCUGAACGACUAAAUCGCACUUUAUUAAACGAUUGUCGAACACAUCUGCAAUGCAGUGGUUUACCAAAUCAUUUGUGGUUCUCCGCAGUUGAAUUUUCGACUAUUAUCAGAAACUCUUUAAUCUCUCCAAAAAACACAAAAUCUGCACGUCAACAUGCUGGWUUAGCAGGACUUGACAUUAGUACGUUACUACCRUUUGGYCARCCUGUCAUUGUCAAUGACCACAACCCUGAAUCGAAGGUCCAUCCUCGGGGUAUUCCUGGCUACGCUCUACAUCCAUCUCGGAAUUCCUAUGGAUACAUUAUAUAUAUUCCAUCAUUAAGAAAGACCGUGGAUACUACAAAUUACGUCAUAUUGCAUGGUAAACAAUCUAGACUAGACCAAUUCGAUUAUGAUACACUUACCUAUGAUGAAGAUAUUGAUCGCUUAACUGCUCCUYAUAAAUCGUUCAUUGAACCAGAUGAGACAGAGCAGCCUUACGAUCGAAAUAUURAAUCUGAUUAUGACCUUCAAUCUGAUAUCGAACUGAAUCCUGAUCAUCACAAGGAAAUCGUUCCAGUAGUUAAUACUGAUUCCUCAAUCUCUCCAGUCCAGCCCAMUCAGAUUGAGCCGGUAGCCAYUCCAACUAAUCGUGCACCCAAAGAAGUUGACCCUAACAUAUCUGAGUCUAAYCUUCUUCCAGCCCAGAAACGYCCRCGUACACCCCAUAAAUCAAACAGCGACAGUACUGAGUCGGGUGGUAUUACUAACCCAGAAAAUUCAUCCUUAAGUUCAACACCCGCUCUAACUUCUGAUCCUGAAUCGUCUCACAUGCAUCAUACUAAUGAUCAUGACGACACGACUGCGUUAAAUACCCACUMCAAUACURCUCCUGAYCAUAGYGAURACGAGACUCCCACUUCGGGUGGUAUAAGUAAAAACCCUACAUCAGAAAACAGUGACCAUGGUGACAAUGAAAUAGACGUAAAYGRUCUAGAUAAYARUCAACCCCUAAUCAAUGAGCCUCAGUCAGAGAAUGACUUAGCCAGUCAUCCUAUUUCUACUACAGCACCUACCAUCACUCACGAUUCUCCUAUAGCAGAAUCCCUAAUUGCCGAUCUUCCACUUCCUGAYCUAUUCAACGAACAGCCCCAUGACCGUACUACUUCUCUCAAAGGAAUCCCACCUAUCCUCUCACAUCAUAAUAAUUCCAGUUUGGGUGGUAUGGAUGAUUCUAAUAUUUCUUCUAUUAACAAGAGUAAAAAAAGACCAUUAGAAGAUAAUGAAACUGAAAUUAAAAUGUCACGAGAUACAUGGAACGAAAAGAAUAUGCGUAGUCUAGAACCACCAAGRUCAAAGAAACGUAUACACCUAAUUGCUGCUAUAAAAAGCGUUAAAUCAGUUAAACCAAUGCGAACGACCUUAAGAUAUGAUGAGGCAAUUACAUAUAAUAACAAUAACGAAGAAAAGGUAAAAUAUACUAAAGCAUAUCACAAAGAAGUUAACCAACUAAUGAARAUGAACACUUGGGAUACAGAUAAGUAUUAUGAUAAAAAUCAAAUAGACCCCAAAAAGGUAAUAAGUUCAAUGUUUAUAUUUAAUAAGAAACGUGAUGGCACUCAUAAAGCUAGAUUUGUUGCAAGAGGUGAUAUCCAGCAUCCUGACACAUAUGAUUCYGGCAUGCAGUCCAAYACUGUACACCAUUAUGCAUURAUGACAUCUCURUCACUYGCGUUGGAUAACGACUACUAUGUCACACAAUUAGACAUAUCGUCCGCCUAYUUAUAUGCAGACAUCAARGAGGAACUAUACAUAAAACCUCCACCACAUUUAGGAAUAAAUAAUAARCUACUACGCCUGAGAAAAUCACUCUAUGGUCUAAAACAAAGUGGUGCAAACUGGUAUGAAACUAUUAAGUCAUAUUUAAUAAAUCAAUGUGGUAUGAAAGAAGUACGUGGAUGGUCGUGYGUGUUCAAAAAUAGCCAAGUUACGAUCUGCUUAUUYGUAGAUGACAUGAUAUUAUUUAGCAAAGACUUGAGCGAAAAUAAGAAAGUUAUAGCAAAUCUUAAACGACAAUAUGACACUAAAAUCAUAAACCUAGGAGAAGGCGAAAGUGAGAUUCAAUACGAUAUCCUUGGCCUAGAAAUCAAAUACCAGAGAGGUAAAUACAUGAAAUUAGGUAUGGAAAAUUCUUUAACGGAUAAGUUACCUAAAGURAAUGUGCCCUUAAAUCCAAAAGGUAAGAAAAUUAGUGCACCAGGUCAACCAGGACUCUAUAUAAAUCAAGAAGARCUGGAACUAGACGAAGAUGACUACAAUUCAAAAGUACACGAAAUGCAAAUGUUAAUAGGACUAGCAUCGUAUGUCGGAUACAAGUUUAGAUUURACCUACUGUACUACAUUAACACACUUGCACAACACAUACUAUUCCCAUCUAAACAAGUAUUAGAUAUGACAUAUGAGUUAAUCCAAUACMUAUGGGAUACUAGAGAUAAACAACUUAUAUGGCACAAAAGCAAGCCUAAGAAGCGAGAAAACAAAUUGGUGACAAUAAGCGAUGCCUCAUACGGCAAUCAACCAUAUUAUAGAUCCCAGAUUGGUAACAUAGUAUUACUCAAUGGGAAAGUAAUUGGAGGAAAAUCAACAAAAGCUUCCUUAACAUGUACUUCAACCACRGAAGCCGAAAUACAUGCAGUUAGUGAAGCUAUACCACUGUUAAACAACCUAAGUUACCUAGUUCAGGAACUCGAUAAGAAGCCGGUUAUCAAAGGCUUAUUUACUGAUAGUAGAUCUACGAUCAGUAUCAUAAUAUCUAAAAAUGAAGAGAAAUUUAGAAACAGAUUCUUCGGUACUAAGGCAAUGAGACUCAGAGAUGAAGURUCAGGUAACAACUUGAACGUACACUACAUCGAAACCAAGAGAAAUAUUGCUGAUGUAAUGACAAAACCUCUUCCAAUAAAAUCAUUCAAAUUAUUAACCAACAAAUGGAUUCAUUAG